GAUCAACCGAAAAUCCGCUUAUAGAUUGACUCUCUGUCUUCUUCUCCUCUUUUUUCUACUCAAGAUCACUGCACCCGUCCUCUUCUGAUACCCCUCUGUCUGCUUUCUGCUCACCAAGCGAUCUCCCUCUUCUUUUCGCUCCCCUUACCACCCUCUCCCCAUCCGCAGACUCAAAUCUACGCCUCGGAGCGUAUUCCCCGCAACCAUGUCGACCACAUCCACGUCGCCCUCUCCCCCGCUUCCAGAGCAGGUUUCAACCGUCACGGAAACCAAGGCUGUAAACCAAACCAUCGCACAGAUUCGCUCCCUCGUAGCGGGCGGUGUGGGUGGUGUGUGCGCCGUCGUUGUCGGGCAUCCCUUCGACUUGGUCAAGGUGCGCUUGCAAACAGCAGAACGAGGCGUCUAUGCAGGUGCGAUAGAUGUGGUCAGGAAGACGGUGGCACGGGAAGGCUUGGCUCGCGGCCUGUAUGCCGGUGUUUCAGCUCCUCUGGUGGGAGUAACGCCAAUGUUCGCCGUCAGUUUCUGGGGUUACGACGUGGGAAAAACGCUGGUCAGCAAAAUGUCCACCGUCGAGGUGAAGCACAACACCCCACAAUACACCAUCGGCCACAUCUCCGCUGCAGGUUUUUUCUCAGCCAUUCCAAUGACUCUCAUCACAGCACCCUUCGAGCGCGUCAAGGUGCUCCUGCAGAUUCAGGGCCAGAACCCGCCCCCGCCCGGUCAGAAGCCUAAGUACUCAGGCGGUCUGGACGUGGUGCGCCAAUUAUACAAAGAAGGAGGCAUUCGCAGUGUCUUCCGGGGUAGCGCGAUGACGCUGGCUCGUGACGGACCCGGCUCGGCCGCGUACUUCGCUGCUUACGAGUACAUCAAGCGGACGUUGACGCCCAAGGACGAGCACGGUCGCGUCACGGGUGAGUUGUCGAUGACCGCUGUGCUGGCAGCCGGUGGAGCGGCUGGAAUCGCCAUGUGGAUUCCUGUCUUCCCUGUGGACACUGUCAAAUCCCGCCUGCAGAGCGCCCCCGGUCGGCCUACGAUCAGCGGGACUAUCCGCAGUGUCUAUGCCAACGGCGGCUUCAAGGCAUUCUUCCCCGGAUUCGGUCCGGCCCUGGCUCGUGCAGUUCCAGCCAACGCUGCGACUUUUGCCGGUGUGGAACUGGCCCACAACCUCAUGAAGAAGUAUUUGGAUUAGACGAGGUCUGAUAAGGUCCUGGUGAUCUUAGAUGGACGACAUUCAUAACAAUUAUCUAGCCACAGUCUCAGGCGUGUUUGGGCGCCGGAUACGAUCUAAACAUAUAUACCAUGG